GGAUGCAAGCUGCCUUCGGCAAAGGUGCCCACGCAGGAGUUCCCGCGUCCCAAACACACAAGCGCAUCGGCGACCAUGUGAGUCCGGCGGUCGUUGCGAAGUGGAAGAGCUGAUCUGGCUUGCUCCUCUCGCCAAUCAGUUGUGCCAAUUAAUUAAGCUCGCGAGAGCGCCAGAAAAAACGAGUCCGCGUGAAUCUGUCCUGCGGCCACAGAAUCCUCACGCUCGCCUGCAUCCGUGUCAUGUGAAAGUGUUGUGUGGCAUCCGUGACGCUCGAGUGCCGCCGUGUCGAGCGCAUUUUCGCCCCUGCGAAGAGCGCCAGGGAAAAGGGCGCGCGAAGUUGUGCGCCGCGUGAAAUGACGUCGCGUGGCAUAAGACGGAAGAAAUCAUCGCUCUCUGAGGUGAAAAUCGCUGUUAUUGGUGCCCACGGGGUGGGAAAGAGUGCCUUGACGGUGCGAUUUUUAACAAAGCGAUACAUCGGUGAAUAUGAUCAUCAUUCUGAGAAUCGCUACCGACACGAAGCUGUGGUUGACAAUGAACCUGUGCUAUUUGAAAUUUUGGACACCUGCCCCAAGGCCGACGAGGACGAGGAGCAGAUGAGCUGUCAGACGGAGGCUGUCCAGUGGGCGGAUGGGCUGCUGCUCGUGUACUCAAUCACCGACCGGAGAUCCUUCAACUACGUCCGCAGGACGAGAGCCAGCCUGCCAGCGGAUGCGCCACCUGUGGUGCUGGUGGGCAACAAAGUGGACAUGAUCCAUGGACGGCAGGUGAGCACGGAGGAGGGCGAGAUCCUGGCCAAAGAUCUGGAGUGCAAGUUCUCCGAGGUGUCGGCGGCGGAGCACGUGGGCCAGGUGGCGGACACGUUUCACGAUCUGUGUCGCGAAGUGCUGGCGGCGCGGCGGAAGAGCAAGCAGAGUCUGCUGGACCGAAUGCUGGGCGGCACGCGGGUGUACAGCCGCGGGAAGAGCGACAGCGCCCUGCCCAAAGACUGACCAACAUUUCCAACCACCCCCACACGGAGUGUCUCGUGCGAAAAAGUGUAAUUUGCCGGCCAUCGAGAGCCAACAGAG